UCGCAAAGGGGAAGGAAGGCGGGAGUCUGGACUGCGAGGAGUGAGGCAGCCCAAGUGGUGGAGGCCGUUAUGGCGAGUGCUCCGAGCGCCGAGGUACGUGAGAAAUUCCAGGCGGCGCUGGCUUUGUCGCGGGUGGAACUGCAUAAAAACCCGGAGAAGGAGCCGUACAAGUCGAAAUACAGCGCCCGGGCGCUGCUGGAAGAGGUCAAGGCGCUGCUCGGCCCCGCGUCCGAGGACGAGGAUGAGCGGCCGCAGGCCGACGACGGCUCGGGCGCCGAGGACCACGCCCUGGGGCCGCGGGCCGACGCGGUGGAGGCCGAGGGCCCGGGCGCGCAGAGCGCGGUGAGGCUGGCGGUCAUCGAGUUCCACCUCGGAGUGAACCACAUCGACACUGAGGAGCUGUCGGCGGGGGAGGAGCACCUGGCCAAGUGCCUGCGGCUGCUGCGCGGGUACCGGCUGUCGCCCAGCUGCGUGUCGCUGAGCAUCCAGGCGCAGAAUAACUUGGGUAUUUUAUGGUCUGAAAGAGAAGAAAUUGAAACUGCUCAGGCUUACCUAGAGUCAUCAGAAGCACUAUAUAAUCAGUACAUGAAAGAGAUUGGGAGUCCUCCUCUUGAUCCUACUGAGCAUUUUCUUCCUGAAGAAGAGAAAAUUACUGAGCAAGAGAGAUCAAAAAGAUUUGAGAAGGUUUAUACUCAUACCCUGUACUACCUGGCCCAGGUCUACCAGCAUAUGGAAAUGUUUGAGAAAGCUGCUCAUUAUUGCCACAGCACACUGAAACGCCAGCUGGAGCACAAUGCCUACCAUCCUAUGGAGUGGGCUAUUAAUGCUGCUACCUUGUCGCAGUUUUAUAUCAAUAAGCUAUGCUUUAUGGAAGCCAGGCACUGUUUAUCAGCUGCUAAUGUUAUUUUUGGUCAAAUUGGAAAGAUCCCAGCCACCGAAGAGACUCCUGAGGCUGAAGGAGAUGUGCCAGAGCUUUAUCAUCAGCGGAAAGGGGAAAUCGCAAGAUGCUGGAUCAAGUACUGCUUGACGCUCAUGCAGAACGCCGAGCUGUCCAUGCAGGACAACAUAGGGGAGCUGGAUCUUGACAAACAGUCUGAACUUAGAGCUUUAAGGAAAAAAGAACUCGAUGAGGAAGAAAGCAUCAGGAAGAAGGCUGUGCAGUUUGGAGCGGGUGAACUCUGUGACGCCAUCUCUGCAGUGGAAGAGAAAGUGAGAUACUUGAGGCCUUUAGAUUUUGAUGAAGCCAGGGAACUUUUCCUACUGGGUCAGCACUAUGUCUCUGAGGCCAAGGAGUUCUUCCAGAUUGAUGGGUAUGUCACUGACCACAUUGAAGUUGUCCAGGACCACAGCUCUCUGUUCAAGGUGCUCGCAUUCUUUGAAACUGAUAUGGAAAGACGGUGCAAGAUGCAUAAGCGUAGAAUAGCCAUGCUAGAGCCCCUCACUGUGGACCUGAACCCACAGUAUUAUCUCUUGGUCAACAGACAAAUUCAGUUUGAGAUUGCACACGCUUACUAUGACAUGAUGGAUUUGAAGGUUGCUAUUGCCGACAAGCUCAGGGACCCUGAUUCACACAUCGUAAAGAAAAUUAAUAACCUUAAUAAGUCAGCACUGAAGUACUACCAGCUCUUCCUAGACUCCCUGAGAGACCCAAAUAAAGUAUUUCCUGAGCACAUAGGGGAGGAUGUUCUUCGCCCUGCCAUGUUAGCUAAGUUCCGAGUUGCUCGUCUCUAUGGCAAAAUCAUCACUGCAGAUCCCAAGAAGGAGCUAGAAAAUUUGGCAACAUCAUUGGAACAUUACAAGUUUAUUGUUGAUUACUGUGAAAAGCACCCUGAGGCUGCCCAGGAAAUAGAAGUUGAGCUAGAACUUAGUAAAGAGAUGGUUAGUCUUCUUCCAACAAAAAUGGAGAGAUUCAGAACCAAGAUGGCCCAGACUUAAUCCUUGUUCUUAAAGAAAGUAAAUGUGCAAUACUGAGUGAGUUUUCCCCCAUAAACACGCCUAGCUCUACUGUGACUUUGACAUCCAGAGCCAGAUGAAUGCAGUUUGAGCUUGAGAUCUGGUCAGAUUACCUGAAUCUGCUGGGCCCCGAUGCAGCCCAGCUCAUUAAUCUACAUCUAGUUAUGUAAACUGCCUUGUUAAAGUGGCAUGUGAUCUCUAUUUUAGAUUGCUUGUUUCCUAUGUAAGUACUGUAUAAACAUUUCCUGCCUCAGUCUAUUGGCUACUACUUGGUAGAUUUCCUUCCAAGGAAAAAUGCUGGGUAAUGUACCUGGUAGACAGCUUGUUACUGCAUUACAUUUGAAAAAAUCUUCCUAUAGUUAUUCUUUCUACAAUACUUAACUUUCCUAAAUUCCCAAAGAAAUAUUUCCCUUUUGAAAAUACUAAAAACUAAGUUAUAUUGUAAAGUGAGAUAAAAUAGUUUGUCUCAGUUAUAAGGGGAAAAAAUCCUUGGAAAUAUAAUAAAAUUGAGUUGUUUCAACUAGUAAAAA